AGCUGACCUUCAAUAGACAGGGACACUUAACUUCAAUUUAAGGCCUCCAAAUUUCAUCGAUAGUUUAUGCCCAGGCAACAGCUUGGCAACAUAGGAGGGUACCUUUAAAUGUCAAAUAAUUGAUGUAGGAGGAUAGGCUAGAAUUAGCCAAUGUCAAUUUCUUGAAUAAUAUUCAAGAGAUGCACAAAAUUUGUUGUUAAAACUCUGUUAAUGGUAAUAGAGCUUACAUGUUUUAACAUAAUAUUAGCUGUACUAUUAUACAUUCUUAUACGUGCCUGUUAUUUUGUGAUCUACAGUUGUAGACCAUUUGAAAUGGAACCUGAAGUUGCGAAGUUUAUGCGAACUGAAAGAAAGCCUGGAUCCAUCGAUGUCCAUCCAAACAUAGAUGCUAUAGUGUUAAAUUAUGAGCUAGAUGUCCAAAUAUUGGGUCCCAAAGAAGACAUACUUCAUGGCGAGAAAAAGAAUCUCAAGAAAAAUAUAGAAUUGCCCAUGAUCAAUAGCAGGACUGAUUGUCAUGCUUUAGCUAAGGAAGUGGUGAACCAAUGUGAUUUGAUCCAUCAUUCAAGAUUGGCUGAAGUAGAGCAAAUCAUUUAUUAUAUCAAAAAGAGGAAAUUGCAGAGUGGUUCAAAAGGUGUUUCUGCUUUAGGGGAUGGUGAUAAAAAUACAGAUAAAACACAAAAUGGUAACCAAGAGGCAAAUUACAACAAUUUAUCUGAUUAUAUAGAUCUUUUAUAUGAGGGUAUGGCAGAGAAAAUAAAAGGGGCACAUCUGAUACAGUUCCUUGCUAGGGAUCCAGAGAAUCUAGAAGCAUUAGCAAAAAAUGAGACACUUAUUAGUGCCUUGGGAAGGGUAUUGAGAGAAGAUUGGAAAAGGAGUAUUACUUUGAGUACGCAUUUGGUAUUCACAUUUUUCUGUUUUUCAAUGUAUUCAUGUUUUCAUGAAGUUAUAUUGAAAUGCAAAAUUGGCUCUAUAUGUAUGGACAUAAUCGACUAUGAGCUAAGACGUUACGAUAAAUGGAAGGCUGACCUAGAAGGUGGAGAAGCCCCAUCUGACAUUCCAAUAGUCCGUAAGCCAUGUCCGAAUAGCGCUAGUAUGUCUGAAAUUCCACGCAGCCGCAUCCCAGAACCUGUAAGACCAAAAUCUGGGAAUUUUUCAGACACUAAUAUCAAAGCUGCCAUGGAAGGUAGUGUCUAUGACGAAUUAACAACGUCAAUGGAAAACAUUGAUGACAAAAAAUUAACUCCCGAGCAGAAACUUAAACGAUUCCGUACUUUAGUAAAGAAACAAGAGCACUUGCUUCGUGUAGCCUUCUACCUCUUGCUGAAUAUAUCCGAGGAUGAAUCUGUAGAAGAGAAAAUGGUCAAGAGGAACAUUACUGGUCUACUGAUCAAAGCUCUCGACAGGGAUAAUGACGACCUUUUGAUUUUGGUGGUGACGUUUCUGAAAAAAUUGUCAAUAAUGCAGUGUAAUAAAGAUGCCAUGACCAGCUUGAAUGUUGUGGACAAACUACCAAAAAUGCUGGAAUCUAACAGCGCUGAUUUAGUUCAUUUAACUCUAAAGAUACUUUUCAAUCUUUCAUUUGACAAUAAAGUUAGGUACAAAAUAAUCAAGGUUGGGCUAUUGCCAAAGAUCGUGAGUUACUUAAGCGAUGAGAAGCAUAGAGAAGUAGUGUUGAAGAUCUUGUACCAUCUGAGUUAUGAUGAUGAGGUGAAGCAUUAUUUUGUGGACUGUAUUGGCCUGAUUAUAGAUAUGUUGCUUUUGAAUGCCGGGAAUGAAGAUGACAAGGCUAUGGUGGCUCUCUGUAUUAACCUGUCAACAGAUCCGUCCAAUACUCAUCAGGUUAUAAAAAGCAAUCGAUUGCAAUCAUUGAUGAUGCGAGCUUUUACGUAUGAGGAUCCCAUGUUAAUGAAAAUGCUGAGGAAUAUUUCCGACAGCGCCAUUUCUGCUCCAUCGUUCAUCGAGUUUGUAGGUGAUAUAGCAAAAGCAGUAGUUGAGUCUAAGCAAGAGGAUUUUGUGAGGGAAUGCAUUGGUAUCCUAAGCAACUUGCAUUUGCCUGAUCUUGAUUGGGCGGAGAUUUUUAAACAUUUUGGUAUGGUUAAAUGGGUGAAAAAUAUCAUAACAAGUAACAACACGGAUCCUGAGCUUGUUCUUCAGGUCGUAGUGUUACUGGGCACAGCUGCAACUGAUGAAGGUUGUGCAAAAUUGCUUUGUGAGAAAAAUAUUUUAGCUGCUUUAAUAGAUCUUUUAAAGACGCAUCAAGAGGAUGAUGAGAUUGUAUUGCAAAUAGUAUUUGUAUUUUUCGCUGUGCUUUCUCAUCAUGAUAAUAUAGAAUAUGUAGUGGGCAAAACUGAAGCACCCGCAUAUUUGAUAGACCUGCUCCAAGACAACAACAAAUCAAUCAGGAAGAUAUGCAACACCUGUUUGAAUAUCAUUUCCGAACACAGUAAAACUUGGGCGGACAGAAUAUGCAUUGAAAAGUUCAGAAAUCACAAUGCUCAUUGGUUGCAAAUGGUCGACAGUCAACAGUUUGCUAUGGAAGAGGAAGAAGAUGAAGACGAAUUGCCGCCAUAUUUGAACACGGAGUAUCUCAGUACUGCGGUGGUGUCACCUUUGAGAGCUUUUUAUAUGUCGCAUCCACCUGGUAUGUGCACAUCGCGACUGCUACCUGCUUCAAUGUCCACUACCAGAGAUGCAAUAUUUACAACCCCGUGGUACAUGGUAAGUGCGAGUGAUAGAAUUGAAUGAAGCCCCAGAGUCUCAAAUAAUACAGGAUGAUGAGUUAGACUAUAAUUAUUUCAAUGGACAUGACAGUGACAUGAUGCAAGAUUUGGAGAUCGAAGCUAUCUAAUGGCUUAACAAAAAGUAAUAACUUUCAGCACAACUUUAGUCGUAUUCAGUAUUUACUUCGCUAAAGAUUCUAGUCAUAUUAUGUAUUAUUUAUUAUAUUUAUGUAUUUAUAGUCAAUAAUAUACGUACCACCAUUUAACACACGCAUUUUGUUUGAUUUCGUUGCCUACCAUUUUAUGCUUUGCCUAUCUUAGUUUACAAUGGCCCAAGUUGGCCUUCAGCCUAGUGCUUACCUAAGUUAGACUAUGGUAGGAUGAUGUGUCACCAUGGGCGUCUACAGGAAUUUUUCCCCAGAAGAUCUCGUAAUUUCCUGUUACUUAUAUUCUCAAUUCCCUUGUGGCCAUGGUUCCACUAUUUAGAUUUUUGGUAACAGUUUGGACGUCAUUAUCGAUCAAGUUCAUAUCUUUUAAUAACCCAACUAGUUCACUCUUUCUUGAUCUUAUACCACCUAUCUCAUUCAUAUUUCUAGUACUUUUUCAUUCGAUAAGCUAAUUCUUUGAAUUGAAGUUUGAAUUUUUAAUUAUCGAUCACAACCAGUAUCAGUUCUAUUUUAUCCUUGAUAGUAACUCAGUUGGCAGACAGUGUGACUCAACUAAACAACACAGUAUUUUCUUCAUAGGCCUUUUCAUUUUUUGAUACUAGAGAGUUUAAUCACCGGUUGCCUUUGACUCUCGAUAAUCAGUUGUUUCAUUUCGUAGUUCAAAUCCUCUUAACUCUAGACGAGUUCCAGACUUUUUCUUGAAUAUCUCCAGUGAUGUGAUACUCUUGAGAAUGAAGUGUCUUGAACAGUUUUAAAAAUGAUAAGGUCAUAGCUUUUAAAGGUUCUUCUGAUCAGUGUUCAAAUAAAUAUAUAUAUAUAUAUAUAUACAGGGUGACUUUGAAGUUGAG